ACCUUGAAUCUACAGAAUGAGGGGGAGUACCCUGACAAGUUUGUUGCUGAUGGGCUCAAAGAAGUUUUCACACCAUUCUGGGCAGAUCUCCCUCACACCAACAUCUUCCGCUGCAUCUCCUCGGACAUUCUCCAUCAGCUGCAUCAAGGUGUAUUCAAAGAUCACUUACUCAAAUGGUGCCAGGCUCUUAUCAAUCUGGGAGCCAAUCUUGAUGACUGCUUGCAUGCCAUGCCAGCGUAUGCAGGGCUGCAACACUUCACGGACGGCAUCUUGAACAUCAAACAGUGGACUGGGGGAGAGCACAAGGAGGUUCAGCAAGUGCUUGUGGCCGCUCUGGCUGGUGCCGUCAAUUUGGAUGUUCUCAUUUCAGCGCAUGCACUAAUUGACUUCAUCUUCCUCACUCAGUAUCAUUCACAAACAACAGAGAUGCUCACCCGGAUGGAGGUGCUGAAGACCUUCCACAAUAUGAAGGAUGCUUUCUCAACACAGUGGGAUUACUUCAAUCUCACCAAGCUCCAUGCACUUCUUCAUUACAUUGACUGUAUCCUGUUCCUGGGCUCUCUUGACGGUCUGAACACUGAGAACACAGAGCAACUUCACAUUGACUUCGCAAAACAUGCUUACUGUGCAUUGAACAGGAAGGACUUUAUCUCACAAAUGGCCAUGUGGCUACAGCAACAUGAGGUGGUAGCAUGGUGGGACCAGUAUUUGGACUGGCAGCUCAAAAUUCACAUGGGCGCACCAACAGAGGUACAUGAGGAAGUGGCCGACAAACUGCGAAGGGAGAGCUGA